AUGUCUGGACUUUACUUUCCAACUCGAUCAUUUCAAAUAUAUCAAACAUUCGCGGCGAAUACCAAUCUCGGAAAGACAUUAUUUUCGGCUGGUCUAUUGCGGGUAGCUGCUACCGAUAAAAAAGCUUCGAGAUUAUUUUAUUUGAAACCUGUUCAAACUGGCUAUCCGGUCGAUAGUGAUGCGAGAUUUGUUGAUAAGUUUGUCAAUAGUAAAAUUCUCAAUACGAAAACUCUGUAUUGUUAUGAGAAACCCGUUAGCCCUCAUAUUGCAACUGAUAAGCCGCCAAAUGAUAAAGAUGUUUUGUCGCGAGUAAAAUCCUUUAUUUCCGAAUGUCAAAUUCAAUCGGGAUCGAACGGUGAAGGGAAAUUAAUUCUGGAAACUGCUGGUGGUGUCAAUAGUCCGCUUAUGUCGGGGACUGCACAGUGUGACUUUUAUCGGCCACUUCGCUUGCCCACAAUUUUGAUAGGAGAUAGUAAAUUAGGUGGAAUUUCCACCACAAUAUCAUCUUUUGAAGCUCUUCGUUUACGUGGUUAUGAUAUCCCCGCGAUACUUUUAUUCCAUGAUAGUGAAUACAAUAAUUUUCAGUAUUUAAGAGAGUAUUUCAGAAACUAUGACACGCGCAUACAUGCAAUUUCGCCACCACCGCCAAAAAAUAAUACGGCAGAAACGGAUCAUGAAAAUUUACGAGAUUAUUUCUCUAGCACGGCACAAGAUUUUCAAAACAUUUUAAAACAAUUGAAUGAAUGGCAUCAUAUUCGGUUUGAUCGACUUGAGAGCAUGGAAAAAAAAACAAUGAAAAAAAUUUGGUGGCCAUUUACACAACAUCAACGAGUAAAGAAUGUGACAAUAAUUGAUUCGGCUCACAGUGAUUUUCUAACCACGUUCAAUAAGAAUAAUGAUAACGAGGAUGUGGGACAAGCGCAAAUGAAAGAAAUGUUCGAUGCAUGUGCAAGUUGGUGGACUCAAGGCUUAGGACAUGGUUCAGCGAAAUUAUCCCUAGCAGCAUCAUAUGCAGCUGGACGCUAUGGUCAUGUAAUAUUUCCGGAAUGUACUCAUGAACCAGCAUUAGAUUUAGCAGAAAAAUUAUUAGAAGGAGUUGGAAAAGAUUGGGCGACGCGUGUUUUCUAUAGUGAUAAUGGAAGCACUGCAGUUGAAGUAGCAUUGAAAAUGGCAUUGAAAACCAAUCUUGAGAGAAACAAUAUAAGGGAUGAAAAUUCUAUUAAACAAACAGGAAAAGAAUUUCUAGUGUUCGGGAUUGAAGGAAGUUAUCACGGAGAUACAAUUGGAGCCAUGGAUGCAUGUGGGCCAAAUGUUUAUAAUGACAAAGUUAAAUGGUAUAAACCAAGAGGUUAUUGGUUUGAAGCACCAACGGUUCAUAUAAAGAAUGGAAUGUAUUCGAUAGAUAUUCCUAAAUCUAUUCAUCCGGAUAAUACAAAGAUGACGUAUUUCUUCCCUUCACUCGAUUCAAUAUUUAAUCAAGAUCAGCUAACAACAUCUGAUUUGGUGAAAAUAUACGAGGAACAUAUAAGGAGAAUACUUUCUUCAUUUAUUGGUUCAAGUGAAUAUCAAUUUGGUGCUCUUAUUUUGGAGCCAAUUCUAAUGGGUGCUGGUGGAAUGAAACUAGUUGAUCCACUAUUUCAACGCGUUUUAAUUGAUGAAGUCAGAAGGAAUAAGAUUCCUGUUAUUUUCGAUGAAGUUUUCACUGGAUUCUGGAGAUUAGGAUACAGAAGUGGCGCAGACUUGUUGGGAAAAAAACCAGAUAUUGCAACAUACGCUAAGCUUAUCACUGGUGGACUAAUACCAUUAGCAGUUACACUCACUACCGAAUCAAUUUUUGAGAACUUUAUUGGUUCAGAGAAAACGGACGCGUUACUUCAUGGCCAUUCAUAUACUGCUCAUCCGACAGGAUGUUUCGUUGCAAAGACAUCCCUUGAUGAAUAUGAAAGAUUAAAUAAGAAUAGUUUACACUGGAACUUAGCAAAAUCACAAUGGGCUGACCACGAGAAAUCAAGUACCGCCAGCAGUUACAAAGAACCAAUCGUUUGGAGUUUUUGGGAUAAAAAGAUUGUUCAUCGUAUUUCACAUCUACCAAAUGUUAAAGGUGUCGUGACGCUGGGAUACGCUUCAAAUGCUUCACAAUCUAUUGUGAACGAACUUUAUUCAUCAUUCACAUCAAAUAAUUUUGGAAUCUAUGCAAGACCGCUUGGGAAUGUUGUGUAUUUGAUGACUUCACAUGUUACGUUACCUGACAAUAUACGCGCAGUCGAAGAAAAGUUGGUGGAAUGUAUAAAAUCUUCAAAAUAA